CGGGCGUGGGGCCUGUGUUACUUUUGUGCAUGCGAAGCCACCGACCACCACAGCAACCUGCAAACAUCCAGCCUUACCCACCUUUAAGCCUUUACACGCGUAUCGACCACUACAUAGGGCAGGUUUUGAUAGGAAAGCGCAGGCCUAGCCCCGGGGUCCUUCAGCGACUAAGUGCCCACGUUCAAAGGAUAGAACGUUGUAACCUAACAACUGUGAAUCAUACCCGGGGGCCGUGGAGGUUGGGGAGGCGGGAACGGGUGCUACUCUAUCUGUCCCCGUGCAGCGCCUGCCUUCCCCUCGUGCAGCCCCUGCCUCCCUUGCCGCUUCCCAGCCAGUUCGGUGCCUACCACCCUCAUGCCUUCCAUGCGCGACGUUUGCCUUCCCAUGCGCUUCGCGGCCCCCGGUAGGGUUCCCAACUCCCUAUGCCCUUCCCUGUACCGUGCCUGCCUCUCCAUGGCCUUGCCAGCCCGGGGCCUGCCUCCCGACGCCCGUUCAUGUGCAGCACCUGCCCCUCCUGCCCUUCCCUGUGCGGCCCUUGCGUCCUUAGACCCGUCUCUGCACGGCCCCAGCCUACCUUUGUGCCUGCCCCUGCGCAAUACCGCUUGUCCUCCCGUGGGAUUCCCAUGCCCUUCCCCGUGGGCCCCGUCGGCGCCAGUGUCCAUGCCCUUCUCCGUGUGGUGCCGCUGCGGCCCUCUGAGGGACUUCUAUGCCCUUCCCCGUGUGGCGCCUGCCUCCCCACGCCCUUCCCGAUGCUUCACCUGCUCGACCUACCCUGUGCUUUACCCCUCAUUUCUUCUCUGCCACACCAGAGGUAGGGGCGCUCUUUUGUCAUACUGCCUCCUCUGCGUUGCUGCUGCUGCCGCGCGCGCUGUCUGGGACGUCCAGGCUUAUAACCCUUAUAACGGCGGCGGCGCUCGUGAAACGUCCACUGCUGCCGCCGUCUACACCUCCGCCACUUCCCGAGGCACCUCCCUGCCCCCCGGGUGGGGUGUGGCGGGGGCGGGCAGGUCAGGGGAGCUGCCCACGUCUGGCUCAUGGGACCCCCAUCCGGAGUCCAAGCCCUCCUUCCACAGGGGUGGUGCCGACGGCGGCGGCUCAUCGGGUCCGGGACCGCAGCCCUGGAACCGCCGUCUCAGCGGCAGCAGCAGCAGCGCCAACACGGC